GCCCGCGCGUCGGCACGCCGCAGUGCACGCGAGUCGCGAAUGGGAUAGUUCGCUCGAGCUCGACCUAACCUGUCUCUUCUAUAUACGAAGCUGACCAAUACGCGCCAAGCCGAAGAGAAAGGAACGUUUCCCGCGCUGUGCAGAUUAUCGCUCUUUUUCCCGCCAAACCUCCUGGAUGCUUCAGUCGUGCGUUCGCCUCCUCGAGAGAUCAACGUCUCCUUCAUCGCGUUGCGCUUCUUCUUCUUCUUCUUCUUCUUGGAUUUGAUCCGUAUGUCCAUCGGAUAGACGCGAAAAUGUACGUGCAAGUGGUGACUAUCGACGGCAAGAAGAAGACUGUACUGAACGUCUCCAAAUUGACGAAGAUCGCUGCGUUGAAGGCCGAUAUCGAGGAGGAGUUCGGGAUAAAAAAAGCCAAGCAGGGACUCUUUUUCCGGGGUAAACACCUCGAGGACGACUGCACGCUAUACGACUAUAGCAUAAACAUAAACAAUGUCAUUCAGGUGAUGAUAAUGUCUGAUAAAGACAUUGCUGCUGAAAAGAAAGGAAAGAAACAAGUGGAGGAGAAACCAAAUGAAGAAAAGAAAGAAAAGGAAAAUGAGGAAGAGGAAGUUGACGCUGAGAGCCAAUAUUACAAAGUUGGAGAUGCAGUGGAUUGUACAGACAAUGCUCUCGGAGCUUGGUUCGAAGCAGUGAUUGUGAAAAUUUUCACAAAAUCUGAAAAAUUAUUCUACAAAGUGAGGUGGGAUCUACCAGAGACUAAAAAUGACGAGCCUUUUAACAUUGAGGAGAAGUUCAUCAGACCAAGGGCAUGGAAAGUUUUAAAUUUCAAUGACCUGGACAUAGGCCAAAAAGUUAUGGUAAAUUAUAAUUUAGAAGAUCCAAAAGAAAUAGGAAAUUGGUAUGAUUUUACAAUAUCAAAAAUCAAAAAUACAAAAUCUGCUAAAGAGUUAAUUGGUACUAUACACAUAGGAGAUAGUACAAGAUCUGUUGACGAUUGUACAAUUAAUACAAAACUUGAUAUAUUGGAAAUCGAAAAGCCAAUCUUAUUAUCGGAAAGAGAUGAUGAACUGAUAUCAAAAAGAGUGCCUAAAACCCGAAGACGGAUACCUGUUAAAUGUACAAAGUGUCAUGAUAAUCCAAAAAAAAGAUGCAAAGAAUGCAGUUGUAGAGUCUGUGGUAAAAAGAACGAUCCUCACCUCACUUUGCUCUGCGAUGAAUGCGAUGAUGCUUACCAUUUAGCUUGUUUAAAUCCUCCUUUGACUGAACUACCUACAGAUGAUGAUUGGUAUUGUCCACAUUGUAAAGUUAACACAAAUGAAAUUGUAAAAGUUGGUGAAAAGGUCCAGAAUAAGAAGAAGCACAGCAAUGUAGUUGGCACCAAUAGAGAUUGGGGAAAGGGUAUGGCAUGUGUCGGUAGAACUAAAAUUUGCACUAUUGUUCCACUCAGUCACAGAGGUCCGAUUCCAGGAAUAGAAGUAGGCACAAUGUGGAAAUUCAGAUUUCAAGUAUCUGAAGCUGGAGUUCAUAGACCUCAUGUUGCAGGAAUUCAUGGACGUGCAGAAGAUGGUGCUUAUUCCAUUGCUCUCUCAGGGGGUUAUGAAGAUGAUGUUGAUAAUGGUGAAGAGUUCUUUUAUACAGGUUCUGGUGGGAGGGACUUGUCUGGAAAUAAAAGAACAGCAAAACAGAGUAGUGAUCAACAAUUGACACUGAUGAACAGAGCUCUGGCUGUUAAUUGUAAUGCUAAGAUUAAUGAAAAAGAUGGAGCUGAGGCAACUGAUUGGAAAGCAGGAUCACCUAUUCGAGUGGUAAGAAAUUUUAAAUUAGCUAAACACAGCAAGUAUGCUCCAGAAGAUGGUAACAGAUAUGAUGGAAUCUAUAAAGUAGUCAAAUAUUGGCCAGAAAAAGGUCAAAGUGGCUUUAGAGUAUGGAGAUAUUUAUUACGAAGAGAUGAUCCUACUCCAGCUCCAUGGACCAAAGCAGGCAAAGCAAGAAUUGCUCAACUAGGUUUGGAAAUGAUAUAUCCUGAAGGUUACCAAGAAGCUCAAGAGAAGAAAGCUGGUAUAAAAAAACGGAAAUCUGAUGAUGAAGAUGAUCCUGCUGUAGCUGAUGAAUUUGUCUCUGCGAAGAAGAAACGAAAAGUUUCUUUCAAGUUGAGCAGUGAAAUGAAAAAUUUAAUUAAGAAAGAUUUACCUAAUACCAAACUAUGGAAUCAAUGUAAUGAAUUUUUAUCAGAAGGGAAACAAGCUUACUUUGAAAAAAUUUCUACAGAAUUUGCUUGCAUUGUAUGCCAAGAUUUAGUGAUUAAACCUAUCACCACACCAUGUGGGCAUAACAUUUGUAUUACAUGUUUGAAGCGUAGCUUUGCAGCCAGCUCCUAUGCAUGUCCAAUGUGUCGUGCAGCAUUAGAUAAAAAUUACGAAAUGAAUGUCAAUGAAACUCUUUCAUCCAUUCUAUUGUUAAUGUUUCCAGGAUAUGAUAAAACUAGAUAAUUAUACGGUUAAAUUUGAAUAAUGUAGUUCAAUUUUUUAAUUUCUUUUUUUAAUGCAAAGUCAGUAUUAAAUAUUUAUCAAAAAAUUGUAUUUGUAUUUUUUAUAUAAACAUCUGGUGCAUCGACUGUAUCAACUAAGAGUGUUACGUAAUCAUUACUUUUUUUUACAUCUGAAAAUAUCCUCGAAACAUACGAAUUUUUUGUAUCAAGAUGUAUUUAAGGUACUUUGUACAUUUUGUCAACAAAACUAUAUCUUUGUAAAUGAAAUCGAAAAUGACUUCUUGAAAUGAAUUUCUUGAUAUAGAAAAUAAUCAUUUUUACUUUUAUAUUGUAAUCCAGUGACCUGCAUUUAAUUUAUUGUUCAAGUGUAUUAAGAUAAGCAGGGAUUUUCACAGGUAUCAAUAAUUAGUACCUUUUAUUUUUACUUUAUAAUUUAAAUGUUAAUGAAACAACUUGUUAAUUUUAAAAAUACUGUGUAUUUAUAAUAAAUUAUGAAAUCAAUCAA